UCAGCUUUGGUAGUAGUGACACACCAUUCAAAGAGCCCAGAGCCCAAGAUUAUCGUUGGCCUUUUGACUAGGCCCUACUGGAAUGAACCGGCCGAAGAGAACCGUCGUCGGAUCCAACCCCCGCCCUUCCGGCUUCUCUUCAAUGGUCCAUCAAUAGUGGCUUUGUUCAUGUGCCGAGAGGACAUUGGGGCAAGUAAUUCGGGGCUCUUUCGCCGACUAUGCUCUGCCGCAACUCGCCGAAUCUUCCGAAUAUAUCUGCCCUCUAUCCCUAUACUAUUCCUAAGCCAACUUGUGUACUUAUGCAAUGCGUUUCAGUGGAAAUCUGCGGAUGACUGGUUAGGCCGGCUAAAGCCUUUGACAGCGCCAUGGGCUCAUAUCUAA